AUGUACUCAAGCCAGGGUGCCAGCAGAUCGAAAGACGACAAUAAUCCAGCAGGUAGUGCACCUCAAACAUCCGGGGAGACAUAUCAAUAUGGUCACCCUAGAGAUGUAUCUAAGGAUGCCAAGAUGUCUUCAAGCCAGUGGCCUAGCAGAUCGAAGGAAGAGACUAAUCCAGCAGCUAGGGCACCUCAACCGUGCGGGGAGACAUAUCAAUACGGCUACACUAAAUACGCCUACAAGGCUGCUAAGAAGUCUUCAAGCCAGUGGGCUAGCGGACCGAAAGACGAGACGGUCUGCUUGAAGGAUGCCAGAAAGUCUGAAAGACAGGGAAUUGGCAGAUGGGUAAGGGAGGCUAUUCCGGCAUCCAGCGCACAUAUCCAGACAGAAAUUUCGAAUGGCAUUCGCCGCAGUGGGGACGUUGCUCUGCACGACAACCGACAGGCCAUGCUCGGAGCAACAUGUCCCAUCUGCUCUCGAAGAGUAGAAACACCACUGCAAAUGACGGCGUACUAUUCAAAACCAGUGUGCAAUGAGUGCAGGAGGUCGGCAGAAAGGCUGGAUAACCACGGCAGUCAAGAGGUCGCAGACCCAAGAUAUCCCUUGUGCCCUAGAAGAAUAGAAAGGCCACCGCAGAGGACGGAAGUUGCUUUGCAAAAUAACCAACAGGAGGUGGAGGCAGUACGUCCUACGCACCGCGAACGGAUAACUUUUACGAACUGCGGUGUUACUUUUUUACUUGGAUUGCCGAGACGGUUCGUUAACUGGCUAUAUACGAAACUUACUUGUCACUAA